CGUCGAGAUUGAAGAAAGCGUGGCUGAUUAAGUUAAGAAUGGGAAAGCCAGCGCCGAAGUAUGCCCUUGUGUGCAGCAAACACUUCCAAGAGGAGGAUUUCGUCUACCCCGUGUAUAAGGUACUAGGUUACAAGUGCCGGAAAUUAUCGGCGGAGGCGAUUCCAUCGGCGAACCUCCCCGUGCGUCCCCACGACAGAAUGCGAUCGUGUGAGGGGCCGGAGAAACGGCGGCGUGAAAGACACAAUGCUGCACAUCCUCACCAGCUUCCACAGCCUUCCAUCUCCAUACAGUUGGAUCCCCUGAUAACACAGGAAAGCACGGAGAACGGUGACAGCUGUCUAGUGGAAGAUGUCUCGGGAGUAGCAGCACAAGGCGUGGAACCCAUGGAGGGUGACAGUUUACUGAUUCGGAUGCUACCCACGCCUGAACCAGUUGAAGUCUCGACUGCAACAAAUGCCAACGCCUCGCCGAUCCCCGACAUGGGUCUCGACAACCACGUCCCAACUCGUGAAGUGGUCAAUGCGGAGCUUGACAAGUUCCGACAGGAAACCGGGGUGCAAGUUGACACCACCAGUAGUCCCUUCCGUGAUAACCAACUGAUCACAAUCUCCAAAAAGCCCGCACUCUUCGGUCAUCCCGUAGCUUCUGCUUAG